GCUGUCGCAAAUAAAGAUCAACAAACAGCGCACAGUUUAGCCCCCCCCCCAAAAAAAACCUUACGAUUCUGUUUUAGUUUUGUUAACAUUUUAUUUUUACUUUUGUUAAGCGAGAUAAAAAAUGACACUAUAUGGAGAGUAACCGCAUACGAUGAAACUCCGAGUGCAGAAUAAUGCGAGGAGUGAGUCAAGUAGAGCAUCAAAACUGAGGGGUUCUUCAGCUGUGAUGCAGUCUCAAAGUGCACAGGGGGCUUCGACAGGACCUAAUGAUGUAAAACUGUUUAUGCAACCAGAGAUUAAAACCAGGACCCCUACACUGUGCUCACCCGCUACUAAUCCCGAGGGCGCAGAGGUGCGGGUGCCCAUUAGCAGUGGUCCUGGGGAGUCAAGCAGUGGAGCUUCGUCCAGGAGGUCCAGGGGGAACUCCCACACUCACUCUCACUCACAUGGGCGGACACAACACCAGCCCCACCCCCCCUCUGACCAGGAGCCCCCCGACUCUGACCCAGAGUCCGGAGAGCCCAGUACCUCGCUGUCUGAGUUACGCUGUCUAUUUCGGUGGCUUCAGAAGAGUCUCCCUUUCCUAAUAAUACUGUCUGCUAAACUGGUGAUGCAGCAUGCUCUUGGCUUAGCUGUUGGCGUUGGACUUUUUACAACCUUUUUAUAUGUGAAUAAAGGUAUUCAAGCUCAAGUGUUUCACCAGGAUGGCCACUCCAAGUUACAUUGUGUUUGGUUUCUUGUCUUCCUGAGUUCCUCAACAAUCCUGCUUUAUUACACAUUUAAUUCUGAGACACUUCACUACUGUCUGAUUUUCCUGAACCCAACCAUUGAGCCUUUGGGUUUUUGGGAGGUGCUUUGGGCAGUUGGCAUCACAAAUUUCAUCAUUAAAUUCCUGACUAUGGGGAUUAAGUGCCUUAUUCUGCUGCUGCCCUCCACCCUGGUCACCUACAGAUCUCAGGGGAGAUUGUUGAUGUUGACAGAGGAGCUGGGUCAGGUUUACCAGGCGGUCGCCCCUGUCCCUCUGUGGUUCCAGUACCUAGUCACAUACCAGGAGCUUGAUGGUGCUCCUGGACUGACCUUUGGGGUUGUGCUAGCUCUGCUCUACCUCGUAAUGAAACUUUUAGGAUUGUAUGGACAGUGUUCAUCAUUAAUAAAAACUCUGAGGGUAUGUCUUCAGGGCGAGCAAACUGGGACAGCAGCCACUAGGAGUCAGUGUAGUGAAGCUGGAGAGGUGUGUCCGAUCUGCCAAGGAGAAUACAGGCAGCCUCGGGCUUUGCUCUGUCAGCACAUAUUCUGUGACGAGUGCAUUGCGCUGUGGUUCAAUCGAGAGAAGAGCUGCCCUCUGUGCCGGACGGUGAUCACAGAAAAGGUCUACAAAUGGAGGGAUGGGGACACAUCUCCACAUCUGCAGAUUUACUGACACAGACCUCAGCAGUGUUGGGCUUCUGGUAUUGGAUUGCCAUUAAUGUAUUUGACAAUGUCAAAUCCCACUGAAAAAAUAUCCUUUUGUCUUUUACACUGUUAAAGCUAAGGGCUGUUUUUGCAGCCUCAUAUUAAAGAGGGGAAACUUUUCACAGUAGGCAGAUUAUUGCCUAUUACACAGUAUAAACUUUGAUCACUUUUAUGUCUUGAGUUUUUGGAACUAUUUUGUUUAUCCGAUGUCUCUGUUUAGUUAAAGGCGUACUGCGUUACUUUUCUGGUGGAGGGUACAUGGAGACAAGUUAAAUGCCAUACUGUGGAACAUUCUAGGCAAAGCAAUAACAUCUAACAAUACCCUCCACCAGAAAAGUUACACAGUGCACCGUUAAUUUCAACAUCAAGUGAAUGUUGCCCCUACUGACUGUUUGAUAUGUUAAUAAGAUUAUAUCCUAAGAAUUUAAAAUGUAUUUAAAAGAAAUCUUUUUGAACAAAUAUGGCCAUUUCCAGCCAACUUUAUGCAGUGUUCCAUAGUUCUAUGGACUAAAGAAUGUAUUGGCGAUUCAAAACAUUGCUGUUGAAAAAUAUUUUAUGACAUUUAAAAGGGCCCUUUGUAGUUGGUCCACAUUUAGAUGGAGAUUAUUUUUCUACAAAGGUGCUUGGGUUCUUGUUUUUAACCAAAGAAUGAAAAAUAUUUUAUUACAUAAAUCUUGUCAUUUUUAUCAGUUUAAAUGAAUAAUAAAAAAAAUCAUCUUAUUACAAGC